GAUACCUGUGGGCAGUAAGUGCGAGUUGAGACAAUAUUAAGAACACAAUAACAGACCGAAUUGAGACUAUUUUCAAAAUGGAAGCGGGAGAAAAGAAAUAUUUUUGUGUCGAAUAUCCUGCUUUAGUUCAGAAUGAAGCAAAGGCUAUCACUUCUCUACGUGGUAUAGAUAUAAUAUCAAAGACAUAUGCUAAUCCAAGUAAGCGUCUAGAGCUAUACCACAGACCACAAGACCUCUACUGCAAGCCAGCUGUUGCUGACAGGACCUCUACUACCAAUCUCUUACUCAAAGUGAAGCGCAAGAAAACAAAGAGGCCAGAUGGAAAGGAUGAAAUAGAAACUAAACUAGAAGGAAUUGUAGACGUUACCUAUAAAUUCAGAGGUAUUGCUGACUUCCAGUACCUGCCUCUACAUACAGAUGUCGCUACUGGGCAGCAUUCCAGUGUCUCUGAAUCCAUUCUCACAAAGAUGGAGGAUCCAUCGUGGCUGGAUAAAAAUGUGGACUUAUUUCUGCCCCCUGCAUCAUUCUCUCGCAUGGAUAUGCCAUCCGAUUAUUAUUUCAAACCUGAAGUCAAGCAUAAGGAUUCAUACAAGGAUCCUACAAAUACAAUGAGUGAUAACUUCAUUGGUCCUUCUCGUCAAAGGAGACCACACUAUACAAUAUUUCGAUCAUACAAUGAUCAGAAAAAGGUUCCCGAAUCUAUACCUGUAGAAAUACAAGAAAUUCUACACAGGAAACUCAAAGAUGGUGAAAAGUCUGAGAAAAGACUUCGCCAGUUGUUUGAAGAGCGUCCAAUCUGGUCUAAGAAUGCCAUCAGGUUCCAGGCACCAGAGAUCUUAGAAGAUCAUUACAAGUUCCUUCUACCCCUAAUGUCCUACCAUAUUAUGUAUGGUCCUUGGAGGGGCUUAUGGAUCAAGUUUGGAUAUGACCCGAAUGAACACAAAGAGGCAAAGAUUUAUCAAACUGUGGAUGUUAGAGUAAAAAGUCGUGAGAUGAUUCGUCACUACAAUCUGACUGCCAAGCGAAGUCUCUAUGACUACCAGCGACAUCUAAGUGUACACAAGUCUAGGAUUCUUCCUCCAAUGAUUGGGAACCUUGCUAACCAAUCUAAGCGGGUCAACACAAAGUACCAAGAGAGUGUGUUUAAGUUUAAACCUGGGUUUGUACCUCCAUACAGACAGAUGUUUUACCAGGCAUGUGAUAUAGAAGAAGAACAAAUACAAAAGUUGCUCCAUUCAAAUGAUGGAAUGGAGCCAGAGAAACCCAGGGAGAAAGAUGGUUGGUGCAUGGCUGGCUUCUGUAAUAAAGCAAGGGAGAUAAUACAGGAGCAUCUUAGGAAAGGUCUACCUCCAAAAUUCAGUGAAGCUGGUGGAGAUAGUAGCAAUCCCCCCAGUGAAUCUACCUCACCUAAACCUGGGCCUAGCUCACCUAAAGAUGAUGUGGAAGAUCUCAAUGAUGAUAUAGAUGAUGAUGAUAAUGAUGAAAGUGAUUCAGACAAUGAAGUUGACCAAAUCAUCAAUGAAGAACUUCAAAGUAAAAACAAACCAAACCCAGAGGAAAUGGAUAAUGAAAAUUCACAAGAAAAUUUAGAUACUAGCACUGUAUUAAAUCGUAGGGAUACAGAAACAAUGAAGCUCGAUAUGGGAGAUUUAGAUAUAAAUGAAAGAGAUGAACAGAUAAAGCAAUUGACUAUGACUGAAGAUAGCUCAAUGUCCAUGGAUAUAAAUGAGGAUACUAUCAAUGAGGAAAACCUCAACGAGGAUUCUAUCACCGAGGAAACUCCAAAUGACAAUAAAAAUGAUGAUCCUUCAAAUGCUAUAAAGGAUACCGAGGAUGCAAUAGAAGAUGUGUCUGAUAUGAAUGAUAUGGAAACAGAAAUUUUAGAGCAUUUGUGAUAGUGAUCUCAGAGAACUAUGGCUAGGGGCCUUAAGCAUAAAAUGCCUGUUUAACAUGGGCACACAGUCAUCCCCUUGUGAUCUCUGGUCAAAGGUUUUCCUGCCUUAUUGGCUAAUAGUGAGCCUAUUAAAUUGCCCACUCAUCUGUCUGUCCAUCCUCCGAACACAGGCCUCCAGAACUUGUACCUCCUUCUUCUUGGAAGAGGAAGGAAUGUAGUGGAUGAUGCCU